AUGAUAAUAAUUUUAUUUUUGACAUUGUUAACUUAUCUUCCAGAAGUUCAUUUAAAACUUUUUAAUGUUUUAUUUAUUACUGUGGAUGAUCUUAGGCCAAGCAUUGGAGUUUAUGGUGAUUUAAAUGCUGUAACUCCAAAUAUUGAUUUAUUGGCUAAAGAUGGAGUCAUUUUUAAAAAUGCUUUUGCUCAGCAAGCGCUUUGUGCUCCCAGUAGGAAUUCUUUUUUAACGAGUCGAAGACCUGAUACAUUACAUUUAUACGAUUUUUAUUCAUACUGGAGAAAACUUGAAGGAAAUUUUACAACAUUACCGGAAUAUUUUAAAGAAAAUCAUUAUUUUACAAAAAGUAUUGGAAAAAUAUUUCAUCCUGGAAUUUCAUCCGGUUUUACCGAUGAUUACCCUUACAGUUGGUCAGAACCCCCAUGGCAUCCCCCCAGUGAUAUUUUUAAAGAUGCUCCAGUUUGUUUGGAAGGUGAUAAAAAAUUUUCAAAUUUAUACUGUCCUGUAAAAGUUUCAGAGCAACCAAUGAAAACUUUACCCGAUCUUGAAUCAGUGCAAGAAGCGAAAAAAUUUCUCAAACACUAUAAAAGUGUCAAACCAUUUUUUUUAGCAGUUGGUUUUCACAAACCUCACAUACCCUUUAAAUUUCCAGAAAAAUAUGCAGAUUUACAUCCGAUAAAAAACAUAACUUUGCCUGAUUUAAAAUAUUAUCCUCCUGGAUUGCCAACCAUCGCUUGGAAUCCUUGGAAUGACAUUAGAAAAAGACACGACAUUGCUCGUCUUAAUGUGACGUAUCCAUUUGCAUCUCUUUCAGAUGAAUGGAUAAAAAAAUUACGACAAGGUUAUUAUUCAUCUGUUUCAUAUGUUGAUCAUUUAAUUGGUGAAAUAUUGAAAAGUUUAAAAUUGCAUAAUUUAAACAAAAAAACAAUUGUUAUUUUAUUAGGAGAUCACGGUUGGUCUUUAGGAGAACAUGGAGAAUGGUCGAAAUAUAGCAAUUUUGAUGUCGCCGUUAGAGUUCCGUUAAUCAUUCGAAUACCCGAUACGACAUAUUUUACAAUAAAUAGAAACGCUACCGAAACAGGAAGUGCCACCGUCGAAGAACCCGUAGAAUUAAUAGAUAUUUUUCCAACGGUUGUGGAUUUGGUGGGAUUGAAAUCGAUACCCAAAUGUCGGGAUAAAUCGUUCUCCGUUAAACUUUGCACGGAAGGAAAUAGUUUAAAAUCUCUCAUUAAAACGUCAAUCGUUGAAAAAUCAAAUAAAAAAAUUAUGACGAUGACGUCAGAAUGGGAUAAAUUUGCAUUGAGUCAAUAUCCCAGACCGGAUGUUUUCCCGACAAAAUCACCCGAUUCGGAUGAGCCAAAAUUAAACGAAAUUAAAUUCAUGGGUUAUUCGAUUCGAACCAAAAGAUAUCGAUAUACCGAAUGGAUUCCCUGGGAUUCGAAAACCUUGACCGGAAAUUGGUCGAACGUUAAUCAAACGGAAUUUUACGAUCAUCAUAUCGAUCCGAAUGAAAAUUUAAAUUUACACGGAAGACCCGGAUUAGAAACCUUAGAAAAAAAAUUAAAAUAUUUACUUAAAAAAGGUUUUUCCUGA